AUGAAUAGAAACCUAGCAGGCGUUUCGCCCAAAAAUUCCACACCUAGUUGCCCAAAUACAUCUACUAUCGAUUAUUCUUACUCUACACUCAAAACCAAAAACGUUUCUCCAUCAACCACUACUUCAACACCAUCUUAUAAAUCACCAUAUAAGGCCAAGUCAUUUCUUCAAUCAAACAAAAACGCAUUAAUAGCGGACAAUGACCGUUACACCCGUGGCCCCUCCUCCUCUACGAUUAAUCAUACUCCACGCAGCACAACCAAGACUUCCCUUCCAUCCUCCACCCAAACUGUACCGAACAGCGAUAAUAACAAGCUCAACACAAACGCUAUCUGUCCAUACACAGAUAUAAAUACAUUCACUAAUGACCAACCGAUUAACGAUUUAUCUUAUACGACGAAUAAUAAUAUAAACUUCGCGUCUGCUGUCGCCAUGUAA